AUGUCUUUAGUAAGUUCAAUGGAUAACAUGGCAUGUAAUAAAGGGCAACAUGUGAGAAAGGCGAAGAAGAAACAGGUGAAAGACGAGUUGGAUCGUCUUAAACAGGCUGAAAAGAAAAAGAGACGGCUGGAAAAAGCUCUGGCUACGUCUGCUGCCAUCAUAUCAGAACUAGAAAAAAAGAAACAGAAGAAGAAAGAAGAACAACAGAGACUUGAUGAAGAGGGGGCUGCAAUUGCGGAAGCUGUCGCUCUGCAUGUUCUACUCGGUGAAGACUCAGAUGAUUCAUAUAAGGUUGAGUGCAAGACUUGGGAUGAUUAUAAUCGUAAUCUUGAUUUCUUCAUGGGUGGGAAAAGAGCUUGUUUUCCGAAUCUAGAUGGAGGCACAUGGUCCGUCACCACUGAAAAUGGCAAGUGGUCUAUCUCAUCCGGGCCUUUCGAAAACAACAAUGUGCACGCUCCACCGUACGGAGAACCGGUAUGGGAUCCUACACGAUUCUCUGUUGACCUUAUAGCAGCACAAGCAGUUAGAUCACUCCAGAUUGCAGAGAAUGCAGAUGAGGAUAGGAUUCUAUUCUAA